AUGAACUGUUCACUGGUAAAAUCACCCGGUCCGUCCGGCAAACCAGUGGUCACUAUUACGGCCAGUGCGGCGGCGAGCGUAACGGCCGCGGCGAAGGCGGCGAUGAGCAAUGCGUUGAAAGACAACGAGCAGAUUAAUGAUGCCGUGAGCAAAGUCUUGGGUGGAUACGAUUGGACUCUAGUGCCGGUGCCUGCCAAACCACCUACGGAGAAGAAAAAUUAUCACGUAAAGAGGCCGAUGAAUGCCUUUAUGGUCUGGGCACAAGCAGCACGUCGCAAGCUUGCCGAUCAGUAUCCACAGCUGCACAACGCCGAGCUCAGUAAAACGCUUGGACAACUGUGGAGACUUUUGAGUGGAGACGAUAAACAGCCGUUUAUAGAAGAGGCUGAAAAACUGCGAGUGCUCCACAAGAACAGAUAUCCCGAUUAUAAAUAUCAACCACGUCGGCGCAAUGCGGCUAAGGGCAUACCAAAAAUACAGGACAAAUCAAAACAUGAUAAAUCUGAAACAAACGAUCCUCAGUAUCAACGGCACUUAAAGCACGACAUGUCAAUGAAUUGUAACAGCACCGCUAGUAGUCGUCCAAUUAAACAAGAAAUGAUUCCUGCCAGCUCAUCAUCGACCAGUAGUAGUAGUCCAUCCGGUUCAGCACCAGAACCACUGACUCCUCCUACUACUCCAAACUAUUACCCAGCCAAACCCAAAAACGGUUAUUGCAACACUACGCACACUAUUUGUUACGGUGGUGAAUCGGGCGAAUCUGCGAUAGAUUACAGUCUAGAUUUUGGUCGUAUGGACGAUCUACCGGCGGUGGAGGCCAUCGGAGCCGACAUGGUGGACAGUUCGGAACUGGAUCAGUACCUGACGAUGAGUAACCAAUACCCAUCCACGUCGAACAGUUGUGUUGACCCCGGAGAACAGUAUUAUUAUCAUGCCAGGUAUCACGAAAUGCAACCGAAUACGGCCAAGCAACAUUUUUCGGUACAUCAAACGUCAUACCAGCCGUCUUAUCAGUACGUCGUCAACAACUAUAAUAACUAACUUGAAUAUUUUACGAUUUAUGUAAGCGUAUAUUUUGUAUUUAUUAUAAUAUGCAAGUACUAUUUUAUGUGCAUUAUUUUUUUUAUUCGCGUGUAAAAUACUCGAAGAAUAUUUUUUAGUUGUUAGUCGGUAAAACUUGUAAACAUAAUUAGUUGAUAAUAUUAUAGUCACCAUAUUAGUGCACGGGUGCAUGAUGUAUUAUUUGUCUGUAGCCGCAAUAACCGAAUAUUGGUAUGACUGAUAUUAUAAUAAUGAGGAAUAAUUUUUUAAGCGUUUAAAAAAAAAAAUGUUCAUUAUAAAAACCAUAUUUUUAUCAAUAUAAAAUAUUUAAGUAUUCAACUACUUAAAUUAUUGCAUUAUAUUUUUAUCUACUUGAUAAUAAUAAUACAUACGAGUAUGUUGUAUGUCGCGACUAAAACGUUUGUAUUCAAACAGCAUUUUAAAUACUAAUUUAGAUAUAUAAUGUAAAUUGAAAUAUUUGUAUCGAGUUAUUUUGGUUUUAUAUUUUCAUCAAUAAUUAAAUAUCACCGACGUUCUCACGGAAAAUGUCAAUUAUCUUAUUAGUUCCAAUAAUGGCGUCUCCUACGCAUUAAAUAUUUAGAUAAGGGCAAAGUUUUGAAACAAUUCAGGGGCUGUGGGAGUUUUUAUGUAUGAGAACAAAAUGUUUAUACAAUGAUCAUUAACUACACGAGUUUCACUGUUGUCUAAUGAUAACAUGCAUGGAUAUUAUUCAUUGCUUGUAACGAAUUAAAAUUUCUUGUUAAUUAUUUUUUACAUUGAUAAAAUUGAUUAUUUUUGUAUCCAUUAUACAUAAUAAUGUAUAGUAUUUAGUUUGAUUUUUCAUGGGAAAUAAAAAAAAAUUAGUACCAAUUUAUUUAUCAAGUUAAUUUUUAAACAUUACAAAAAUCAAUUCAACGUCUGACUGUGGAACCAAUAUAAUGAAUAACGUAUAAUAUUAUUAAACUAUUUAUGUAAUAUAUUGUAUAGUGCAGCUGUUCUUAGCCUUUUUAUACAGGUAUUAUAAUAUGUGCCUCCUGGCACCUACACAUAUUUAAGAUUUGCACAUAUCACUAGAAAGUAUUUAAUUAAAACAGGUGCGUUAAUAAUAAUUAUAAUUUUUUUCUCAAAGUCACGUACCAUUCAUGAGCUUUCCGCGGAAUACCGGUUGAGAACCGCUGGUAUCUGGUAUAAUGUAUACAUAUUAUAUGCAUGAUAAAUGAGCUACCUAUCUGCACUAUACGUAAUGAUGAAACUUAAAAUGUCAUGUUUUAAAAUCACUAUUGAGAAGAAAAAUAAGGUUCAUUUCCCUGGCACCCCCACUAUUUAAAUUUUGUGUAUAAGAACUGAAAGUUUAUUGGGUGGGGAGAGGGUUUGUCUGGUAUUAUAUUUAUAAAAAAUAUAUUUAUUAUUACUCAUUGUCUAUGCAACUAAAAUAAAUGUGUCGUAUAUAUAUUUAUUAUAUUUUAAAAAAUUGUAUAUAUGUAAUCAUAAUAGUAUAAUGGUUUAUACUUGAAAAUUUCAGAAUUAUGCGUCUUUAGGUGACCCACUUGUAGAUUUUAAGUCUUUCUCAAAAUACAUCUCACCCAACGUAACAAUUAUUAUAUUAUAAGGGGAUAAGCUAACCAUAAUUAAUUAGUUACAACCACUAAUUUCCAUUUCAAUCAGAUUGUAAGCCUUUGUAGCAAUCCAAAAUGGAUCUUAUAUAUACAUUA